AUGGGGAGAGGCCUCGAGACUCCCCUUUGGAAGCGCCAUUGCGUGAUCGCAUACGCGUUCGAUCUGGCCAUGCCUCAGACGGAGAUCUCACAGAGAUUGAACCUCACGAGGCCGACUGUAAACACGCUUAUCCAAGCCGCAAGAGCGCGCAGUCCAACUUCAGACCUGGCGGAUCUGCAAGCGGCGGUCAGCGUACAACCGCGCAGCGGCAGACCAAGAAGAGCUGCACCCGGUGAUGAGGUAUCCCUUACCGUCCGAAGAGGUGUCCGGGAACACCCAUUUCAUGCGAUGAACGACGCAGCCAACCGUCAUCUUAGGGAACGCCAAGUACUCGGCGAGAUCGAUCACAACAUCCGACCACUAGGGGCGCAGCAGGUGUAUAAUGUCUUGCAAGACCCUGAACAGUGCGCAGCGGACGUAGACGACCAAAGAGCGUAUACACGACAUCGUGUGUACAGACGUAACGAGCUUAGCGCUGCCAAUAUCUCAAACCGUCAAGCAUAUCUUUUCGAGGUUGAGCAGCUAGACCAAGCCGAGGCGAUCAUCAUAUGCUGCGAUGAGAAGGCCUACCACUUUGGUGGCACGUCUAAUCAGCACAUAUCAUUGCCGAUUAAUACGAGCUCGUAUCAAAGCUGUGCCCCGACCCGUUUCAAACUUGAGCAAUGGGCUGCUGCUUGCGGCGACGACUGUAGCGUGACGAGACCCUGGACUGUUUGGGAACUUGAAGACCAGACAUCUGAGGAGCUGCAAAAGCAAUUGAACGAAUGUAAUGUACAGGCAAGGAAGAUUACUGAAGAGCAACGUGCCAAUGCCAGCAUACAUGGCACGUCUGAACACCAGUACCUCGUCUGGAUGAACACGCAGGUCAAGAUUAAACGUCUUUGGAUGCGGGCCAAUGCUAACGACAGUGGGGGCCCUAAGGAUUGGACGCCAGAACGCCUCUUUCCCUACCAACAUCACGACCCGAAAGACGGCGCCAAAAAGCUCAACUUUGUGUGGUACGCUUUCGAAGUGUAUCGGAAGCUGCUUUUUCCCUACUACCGCGAGAUCUGUCGGCGCAACCCGGGUAGGAGAGUGGUCAUCCAGGAGGAUAAUCAUGGACCACAUCUAAAGGCUCGCAAACUAUUACAGCCCGAAAUACAACAACAAGGUAUUGUGUUUGUGAACCAUCCUGGUAACUCACCAGAUCUUGCACCGAUUGAGGGCCUUCAAGGUGAGCAUGAGAGGAAACUAGCAAGCUUUGUGUAUGAAGUGAGGGAUGCACAGGCCGCUACUGUGCGGAGGGCAAAAAAUCUCCUCAGAUGCACUUGGCAAAGUAAAGACUUUGACGAGACUGUGAAGGGCAAGGUUUGCAGAGCCGCUUACAAAGAGCUGGCGAAGAGGUGCAAGAUGGUGGGAGGAAGCAAUCACUUUAAGGAUGAUGUCUAUAUCCAUCCAGACUGA